GAAUUAGCUUAUGCGUCAGUUCGUGGACUAGAAUUUACUUAUAAUGAUUCCACGUUGUAUCAAUCAAUUAAUUUCUUUGUCAAAUGGUUACAGAUUGAUAAUCAGCUAUACGGGGGGAUUUAUCCCAUUAUUUUGUACCCAACAGUUAUUCCUAAAGAAGCCAAUGAUUCCGAGCUUGUUCAUCCGGCUUUUCACGCAUCUCUUACUAAAGCGAAGGAUGAUUCCCAUGGUGUUAUAUACUUUAAAUACUUUUCUAUGCUCCUGCAAGAGAUGACGUUUGAAAUAGACGAAGACUUUCUCUUUGCACUACUUGAUUUUACAAAAAUUCAAGGCUUCGCCACACAAGAACCUGAUGCGCCACUCAUCGAUGGUGCUCUAGAUAUUCCUGAGCCAAAAACUGCAGAGGGCGACAACCAACUGUAUUUCGAAGUUUUACAUAUUAAUCCAAUGAAAAUAAAUAUAUCAUUUGUUAGAACUGAGCCUAAUAACUAUUUUCAAUAUCUAAGACCUGCACCUCGAAAUCCGAUUAUGUUUUUCUUCAAUGUUUUAACGAUGGCAAUAGGGAAUAUUAAUGAUGCCCCAAUUAAGCUUAAUGCUCUCGUUAUGGAGAAUAUGCGCGUUAGCUUUCCCGUUCUAAUAGACCGUAUACGGCAGCAUUACGGAGAAGCCUUCAUUUAUCAGGUCCACAAAAUUGUUGGAUCCGCGGAUUUUUUGGGCAAUCCUGUGGGUUUAUUUAACAACCUUAGCUCUGGUGUCGUUGAUAUUUUCUAUGAACCUUAUCAAGGCAUCGUCAUGAGCGACAGACCACAAGACCUAGGAAUUGGGAUUGCUAGAGGCGCGACGAGCUUUGUUAAAAAAACGGUGUAUGGAUUCAGUGAUAGUGUUUCAAAGUUCACUGGAAGUAUUGGAAAGGGUCUUGCAGCUGCUACAUUGGAUAAAACUUUUCAAGAUCGGAGGCGCAUGUCACAAUACAAAAAUAGGCCAAAACAUGCAUUUUACGGUGUGGCUCAAGGGGCGAAUUCUUUGGUUACAAGUAUUGGUAGUGGCUUCGAAGGGCUGCGCAAACCUAUUGAAGGAGUCGAAAAAGAGGGUGCUACUGGCUUAAUCAAAGGAGUCGGUAAAGGCAUUGUUGGAUUUGUGACAAAACCUGUCGUCGGUAUACUUGAUUUAACUAGUAAUAUAACAGCAGGUAUUCGUAACACAACAACCGUAUUUGAUGAGAACGAAAUUGUACCUACACGUUUGCCUCGAUAUGUUGGUCGUGACGGAAUUUUAAGACCCUAUCAACAAAGAGAAGCUUUAGGACAAUCAUGGCUAAAACAGUUGGAAGAUGGAAAAUAUUUUAACGAUGAAUAUGUGGCACAUCUUAAUCUUAUAGGAAAUGACCAAAUAAUAAUGCUCACUAGAACUCGUAUGAUGUUGGUAAAAAUCAAGAAAAGAGGACUAAAAGUUGAUUGGGAAGUUCCGUUUUCAGAUCUUCAGGCCAUUAACUUGCAAAGCACCGGAAUCUUGCUUACACUUAGAGGAAAUAACACUGGUCCAUUUAUUCCCAUUUCGGAUCAAUCAGACAAAGAGUGGUUUGAGAGACAAGUAGAACAAGUUAUAAAUGAGCUUAAUGCUGAGAAAAAGGCUAACGUGACUGUAUAA